AUGACGGGCACCAACGGAGCGAGCAAGGACCGCAGCCGAUCGCCGAAGAAGGUCGACCCGACCAAGCUCACAGAAGCCGACCUCGCGGAUGGGUUUUCCGCCUCUGAGAUCUUCGGCUCCAAGACGACCAUGAGUGGCUACACCUACGAUGAUCUCAUCUGCCUCCCCGGGCACAUCAAUUUCGGCGUGCACGACGUGCUACUGGGUUCGCGCUUUACAAAGAAGAUCGCUCUCAAAACGCCCAUCGUCUCCAGCCCAAUGGACACUGUCACAGAGUCGAACAUGGCCAUCGCCAUGGCCUUGGAGGGUGGCAUUGGCGUCAUCCACACCAAUCUGCCUGUCGAGACGCAGGCUGCAGAGGUGGCCAGGGUCAAGAAGUACAAGGCCGGCUUCAUUUUGGAGCCGCGCUGUGUCCCUCCCACGAUGACCGUGGAGGAGCUGGACAAGCUCAAGAGCACCGUUGGCUUCACGGGCUUCCCCGUCACGGAGAAUGGGCAGAUGGGAGCUAAGCUCCUGGGCCUUGUGACGAAGCGAGACACCGAUUUCGUCCAGGACGUGAAUCCCAUGACUGACCGCAAGACCCGCCUUAGCGAGAUCAUGACCCCAACAGCCAACUUGGUGACACUAUUUGAAGGCUGCGACCUUUUAGAGGCCAAUGACGUGCUGCAGAAGUCAAAGAAAGGAAAGCUGCCCAUCGUGACAAGGGGUGGCCUGUUGGUGGCGCUUGUGGCGCGAACUGACAUCAAGAAGAACGUGGACUUCCCCAAUGCCACGAAGCACCCGUUGAACAAGGAGCUGCUGGUAGCGGCCGCGAUUGGCACACGGCCUGCAGAUCGCGAUCGGGUGAAGGCUCUGGUCGCCGCCGGCGUGGAUGCUGUGGUCAUCGACAGCAGCCAGGGAGACAGCGUGUUUCAGCAUGAGAUGGUCAAGUGGAUCAAGUCGAACUUUCCCGACUUGCAGGUCGUGGCGGGCAACGUCGUCACAAAGAAGCAGGCCAAGAAUCUCAUUGAGUGCGGCGCAGAUGCUCUGCGUGUAGGCAUGGGGAUCGGCUCCAUCUGCACCACUCAGGAAGUUUGCGCCUGCGGCCGGGCACAGGCGUCUGCAGUGUACAACGUGGCCAAGCUGGCGCGACAGUACGGAGUACCAAUCCUGGCGGAUGGCGGCAUCUCCAGCCCAGGCCACAUCGUCAAGGCGCUGAGCUUAGGGGCCGGUGCUGCGAUGUGCGGCAGCUUGCUGGCCGGCACCUCGGAGACGCCCGGUGAGUACUUCUACUCCGAGGACGGCAAGCGACUCAAGCGCUACCGCGGGAUGGGUUCCAUCGAUGCCAUGAAGAAGGGCAGCGACGACCGCUACUUUGGCACGGCCGCGGUGAUCAAAGUUGCACAGGGCGUCUCCGGCACGGUGCAGGACAAGGGCAGCAUCCACAAGUACAUUCCGUACCUCACGCAGGGGCUGAAGCACGGAAUGCAGGACAUCGGCGCACAGAGCGUUGACCAGCUGCAGUCGAUGCUGCAGGAGGGACAGCUUCGAUUCGAGCUCAGAUCCGCCGCGGCACAGCGCGAGGGCGGUGUCCACGGCCUCCACAGCUUCGAGCGCAAACUCUUCGACAGCUGA